AUGUCUUCUAAACAAGAGUUAGAGGCGCACUACAAUAAGUAUUUCUUCAAGUCGGCGGAGGAUGCCGCGGCCGCUGGGGGUAGUGGCGGCGACGACCAUGAGAUGGAGGAUGCAGCUGGGGGUAGCGGCGACGAGACAAGUGCUGCCACCAGGGGUGGCACCGAAACAAGUGGCGACGAGCCAAGCGGCGCCGCCGGGGGUGGUGCCAAGACAAGUGGCGACGACCCAAGCGGCGCCGCCGGGGGUGGCACCGAGACAAGUGGCGACGACCGAAGCGGCACCACCGGGGGUGGCGCCGAGACAAGUGACGACGACCGAAGCGGCGCCACCGGGACAAGUGGCGCCAAGCGUCCGCGGAAGGCAAGGCGCCCAAACACGGUUGCCAGUGGCAGAGACAAAGUCACAGACGUGGACCCUAAAAGUGGUUUGCCGGUGAAGCCGCCGCAUGUCGCGAAGGGGUACGGCAACCAAUUGGCAGCAAUCCUCCGAGAGGUCAUCAAUCUCAACGUAACGAACCUCCGAGGGAAGAACAAAAAGCAUUUGUGA